GACGGGUACUGGGCGGCCCCGUGCCGUGUGCGGAGCCUGCGAGCAGCGAGACGCGGCGGGCGCCAUUUCGGGGAGCAGCCGCCGCGGCCAGAGCCGGGGCCCAGCCCGGGUCCGGGGACCGCUCGUCACGACCGCGCCGUUCUUUGCCGCCUGCCGCCCCCGCGGCCGGCCGAGCGGCGCCGUCCGUCUGCCUUUUGACCGCUCGGAGGGGCCUGCCGAGCCCUCGGGCCCAUCCCCCACCGUCAACGCAGCCAGCGCCGGAGCCGGGAGCUUUCGCUGCCGCCGCCAGGCCUCGGACACCCGAACGAGGACAGCAGCUGCCCGCGGCGCAGGUGUCCUGAAAAAAUGGCUGAUGAUAUUGAUAUAGAAGCAAUGCUUGAAGCUCCAUACAAGAAGGAUGAGAACAAAUUGAGCAGUGCCAAUGGCCACGAAGAACGCAGCAAGAAGAGAAAAAAGAGCAAGAGCCGAAGUCGAAGCCAUGACAGAAAGAGGAGCAGAAGCAAGGAGCGCAAACGGAGCCGGGAUCGGGAAAGAAAAAAGAGCAGAAGCCGGGAAAGGAAGCGGAGCAGAAGCAAGGAGCGCAGGCGCAGCCGUUCCAGGAGCAGGGAUCGCAGAUUCAGAGGCCGCUAUAGGAGUCCCUAUUCUGGUCCCAAAUUCAACAGUGCCAUCAGAGGGAAGAUUGGUCUGCCUCACAGCAUCAAAUUAAGCAGACGGCGUUCCAGAAGCAAAAGUCCCUUCAGAAAAGACAAGAGCCCUGUUAGAGAACCUAUUGAUAAUCUUACCCCCGAAGAGAGGGAUGCUCGAACAGUAUUCUGCAUGCAGCUAGCUGCAAGAAUUCGACCAAGAGACCUGGAAGAAUUUUUCUCUACAGUAGGGAAGGUUCGUGAUGUGCGGAUGAUUUCUGAUAGAAAUUCCAGACGCUCAAAGGGAAUUGCUUAUGUCGAAUUUGUUGAUGUUAGUUCAGUGCCUCUGGCAAUAGGACUCACUGGACAGAGAGUCCUGGGCGUACCAAUCAUAGUACAGGCAUCGCAGGCAGAGAAAAACAGAGCAGCAGCAAUGGCAAACAACCUGCAGAAGGGCAGCGCCGGCCCUAUGAGGCUCUAUGUAGGAUCAUUACACUUCAACAUAACUGAAGAUAUGCUUCGGGGAAUCUUUGAGCCGUUUGGCAGGAUUGAAAGUAUUCAGCUGAUGAUGGAUAGUGAAACUGGACGUUCCAAAGGAUAUGGAUUUAUUACGUUCUCAGACUCAGAGUGUGCCAAAAAGGCUUUGGAACAGCUCAAUGGAUUUGAGCUGGCUGGGAGGCCGAUGAAAGUUGGGCAUGUAACUGAGCGCACUGAUGCUUCCAGUGCUAGCUCGUUUUUGGACAGUGAUGAGUUGGAACGAACUGGAAUUGACUUGGGAACAACUGGUCGCCUUCAGUUGAUGGCAAGACUUGCAGAGGGUACUGGGUUGCAGAUUCCCCCGGCUGCACAGCAGGCUCUGCAGAUGAGUGGGUCAUUGGCAUUUGGGGCUGUGGCAGAGAAAAUUACUACCAGGAAUUAUGUCAUUGUGGGAGACUUUAACUUCCCUGAUACAGAUUGGAGAAGAAUUGCUAGUAAUAAUGGUGGGGCCCAGAUAUUCCUGGAUGUGAUAUCCGACAAAUUUCUUCAUCAAACACUCACUGACUCAUGAAGAAGGGAUGCUAUUUUAAACUCAUUUUGGUAAGUAAUGAAGAUGUUAUGGAUGAGAAUAGAAUUGACCAUUGACUGAGUGAUCAUGAGUUGCUCAAGCUUAGAAGGAAGGAUAAGGCUUAUGAUUUCAAAAGUGGUGGUUGAAGAACUAAGAAAAUAAAGUCAACUGGUCUAAGUAGUGUGAGUGUAUGAACAGACAGGAUGUAAAAAGUUUCUUCAAUUCCAAACUGCUAAUGCUACAUUGGAUCUGUAUCCCACAGAAAGAAGAAACAAUCCUGUUAAAAUUGGGCUCCACACUGAACUGGGUAAUUGCCCCUAGAAGAAUACAGGAUAAGCACAGAGCCUGUGAAGAAUAGGAAAGGGAUAAUAAAGAUAAUAUGGCAGUAAAGAAGACAGUGCUGUUAGUAAAUGAUAAAGUGAGAAUUACUUACCAAGAGUUAAGAUAGACUUUGUAAAAAUAAAUGAAUAAAAUGAAAGCACAGAUGAAGAUUGAUCAGAUCUUGAAGACAACAGAAAAGCAGGGCUGAGGCUGAAUGAAAAAAUACUUGAUGUUUCAAAAGAACCUUAUUCUCUCAGGUUGUAACGGGAACACUGGUCAUAAAGUUUGGGAUUCCUAUCAAAUAGAAGUAUGGAUUAUGAAAAAAUGCAUCUCAAGGUGGAUGAAGGUCUAAAGAAGAGUUGCGUGUUGUCAGUUCAGGGCAGUGAGGCUUCUAUCAAAUUAGUGAAGUAAUCAGUGCAUGAAAUAUGGGACACAGUGUCCAGUGUUAUCAGUAAAUAUUUUAAGUCUGUGAUAUACAUGGCUGGGAUGUUACGUCUAAAUUACCUGCACAUUAAAAAAGGAAGGAGGAAGAACCUGAUAUGGACAGUUGCCAGUCCUGUUUUUCUGGCUUCGCUUUGUUCAUUUAAAAGUCACAUUAAAGAAGGGCAAAUUGGAGAAUAUGAUGAAAAUACUGCAUACCUUUAGAAAACUGCUUGGAAGCAUUAACAGCCUGAGUAAAAGAAGACUUUGAUAGUGAAACUCUUCUAACUCUUGAUUUGUGUCAUUUGGAAAUAUAAUCAACUUCCAAAAGAAAUUUCUAAGAAGUAGAUAGUAUGUGAAAUGGGAAAAUCUGACAAGAAGCUGAUUCACACAAAGGGGGCAUUUUCCCUCCCCAAAUAAACACUGGGAAUGAUGGGACAUUGUUGAAAUCAAAUUCCAGUUUCUGAUCUCAUAAAAUACUGCAUGAUUCACAAUGGCAAAAAACAGUGAGGUAACAGUGAGUGAACAAAGAGGUGCUCUGUGUGAGAUAUGUGGGGUGUUAUACAUGGGAUGAGCACCUGUUGAGAAUUGGUAGAGAUGCAGGGUAUAUAACACAGCACCAAUGUCUAGCAGUGAGGAGUAGUGAUGAGUUGGAAAAACCUGGUUUAGUCAGAGUGAAUAUGAGCUGUCUGUGAUGAGGCAGCUGUGUUUCAGUGUCUCUGCAAAUCGGUGGCUAGAACUGCUUGCCUAUGUUUGAUAGCUGCUGAAUGAGACUAGAGGUGAGGAAGCUGGUAGUUACUUGGGGAACCUGAGAGCUUGGAUUUACUGACAUGGAGAACAUUCCAGCAGGAAAAAGAGUUGAAGCUAAACAGCUACAGCUGUCUAUUUCUUGUUCUCUAGGUAAAUUGUGUCUGAAAAUGGAAAAUCAGGAGGCAAUAGAACACUUCAUAUACUUUGUGGGACAAAAUUUCUUUUCAGCAGACUUGAUCUGCUGUUCUAUUGUAAAUAAUGAGAAAACUGGGAAAUGUGGCUGGCAUUUGUUUACUUGAAGCUGGCUCUGCUUGAAAAUGAAACAAUAUCACAAUGUCUUUUAAGGCACACAGUGCUUGGAUAGAUAUUCUGCUGUAUCUGUACUGAGCAUGUGCAAAGUCAUUCAGGUCUCCCUAUUCUUGCAUAUAAUAUACACAGAAUAUACUCAACACAAAGCUGAGUUUAACUUGACAGAUCAUAACUUCAGUGUCCACAUCCUGUUCAAAGCUGCACGUAAGGAAGAAUAGCCUUACAAGAGUGACAAUGAAGUUCAAAAAUGGAAUGGAUUUGGAGAGAAAAUCCAUUCUUCAGCCCUGAGCAGGGAGAAUAUUCAAGUAGUUAAUGGAAGCUUUUAUGGAUGGAGGAGUAUGCUUCUGAAAUAGCAGAUAAUUAACAUAUGAAUUUUGUUGCUGCAAGGCAUUGAUAGGUGACCUGUAAAUGGAGCAGAUCUGUGAGCCCUGCCCAGAGCUGGGUGCUCUGUGUGGAGCUGUCACGUUGGGCACAGGGGGAUGGGGCUGCAGGUCCUGCUGGCUUAUGCUUGGUGGGUUCAGCUGAAGUGAUGCCAGAGGCACAAAGGGAGAAGUCUGUCCUCAUCUAACUAGAGGGAUCUAAGAAAUUUUGCUUAUUUGCCUUUAUUUUAUUCAAACACUUUUUUUUUUACCAAAAAACUUGGUAAUUAUUUAUGGAAUCACAGAAUGG